GCGGGACAUUCUUCUUCGCCCAGCCGCCAGCUCAUCCCGAGGCAAACGAACAAGGCAGCGUCACGAGCGCAACUCACUUGCCACCUCCGCUUUGCUCUGCCGCUGCUGCUUCCCCCUUGCCACCUCAAAUCCCCGCCGCGAAUCUAUCUUUUUCUUCCCCCAAUUCAGGCGGUUCUCGCUCCCAGAAGGCAAGCCUGCCCAGUAUGGUGGGAUCCGACGCGCUGCAGUCCAUCGUCUAUGCCCGUGGGUCGCUCCGGCUCCUCGAUCAGAGGAAGCUGCCGCUCGACAUGGACUACAUCGACGUCAAGAAUUCAGUCGAUGGCUGGAAUGCAAUAAGAGAUAUGGUUGUCCGUGGUGCUCCAGCAAUAGCCAUAGCAGCGGCACUAGCAUUAGCUGUCGAAGUUUCUGAUUUAGAUUUCAUUGGUACGCCUGGAGAAGCAGCUUCUUUUGUUUCCAAGAAAUUGGAAUACCUUGUAUCCAGCCGACCAACUGCAGUGAACCUAUCUGAUGCUGCAACAAAGCUCCAAACUUUGGUAUCAAAGGCAGCUGAAACUGCAAAAGAUUCCAAAGCUAUCUUUCAGGCCUACAUUGAGGCCGCAGAGACAAUGCUUGUUGAUGACGUGGCAGAUAAUAAAGCUAUUGGCUCACAUGGAGCUGAAUUUCUUCAAAGGCAGCUUGCAAAUUCAGAAAAGAUAUCUGUUCUAACCCAUUGUAAUACUGGCAGUCUUGCAACUGCUGGUUAUGGAACUGCCCUCGGGGUUAUACGUGCUCUUCAUUCUGGGGGAGUUUUAGAGAAGGCCUUUUGCACCGAAACUCGUCCAUUUAACCAGGGAUCCAGGCUUACAGCUUUCGAGUUGGUUCAUGAAAAAAUACCUGCAACACUGAUAGCAGAUUCUGCUGCUGCUGCAUUGAUGAAACAAGGGCAUGUUAAGGCGGUCAUCGUUGGUGCUGAUCGAAUAGCAGCAAAUGGUGACACAGCCAACAAGAUUGGCACAUACAACCUCGCCAUCUCCGCGAAGCAUCAUAGCGUCCAGUUCUAUGUGGCAGCGCCAGUAACUUCCAUUGAUCUCUCCCUCCCAUCUGGAGAUGAAAUAGUCAUAGAGGAAAGAUCACCCAAGGAGUUGCUGAACUCUGAAGGUGGUCUGGGAAAGCAAGUUGCUGCAUCCGGUAUAUCAGUCUGGAACCCUGCUUUCGAUGUUACUCCAGCAAAUCUGAUCACUGCAAUCAUAACAGAAAAGGGUGUGAUCACAAAAACUGAUGCUGAUGGAUCUUUCGACAUCAAAGGAUUCCUUCAGCCUGCAAAAUAAUACUCUCAAGUGUGCGUUGUUUUUGAAUGAAUGACAUAAAUGUGUGGAGCAACACCAUUGUAUUCUGUUUUCUCUAUACAAUAAAAUUGCUCUGGUGAAGCUCAUGUGACAAGGAUGUGUUCACGCCUAUUCUGGAGUAAUAAAGAUCUUUUGAAAUCCUUAUUAUUUUUUA